GGCUCCUUUUCCGGUGGGAGACGAACUGGAUUGCUCGGCUCAUAAUCUGACCUUUUCAGUGUUUCUGCUUGAUCUUGUUAACUGUUCAAUAAUGGCGGUGGCGACGAGCCUCGCUUCGCUUCUGGAGAAGCUCAAAGUGGAGGAUCCGUAUCUUACACCGCGAAAUUGGGAAUCCUUACAUUCCGAGAACGGCCGAUUUCCUCCAACUCGUGCUUCCGUUUCCAAUUCUACUUCGUCUUCUUCCUCUGUCUGUGAAUCAAGCUUGGUUAGGUUGGCGUUGAAUGCUCUGCAAGGUGUCGAGUCGUCUCUUAUUAGCAUAGAGAAGCUCUCUUCUCUGUUAUGCUCUGACCCAGCUGACAGGACCACCCACACAAUUCCCAGCUUGUGGCAUCGGUUGUCAAGCACUAAUGCGUUGGGACAGAUUCUUAGAAACAUAGGCUGCUUUGGUUCUUUGGUUUUUCUUCUCCAUAAGUUUGUAGACUAUUUCACAAGCGUGAGGUUCGAUGUGGAAACAGCUGUUCAGGGACAGGGGAGCUAUAAAGUGGGUAAAAAUGAAGAAGCCAGUAAUAAGAGCCGCUAUACUCUUGUUAAUCAGGCUUUUGCUAUUGCUGUGAGAAAGGUCCUAGAAGGCUAUAUAUCUGGACUGGAUACAUUGUGCGCAUCAAUAGAACUGAGGCGUGCUUCGAACAUUGUUGAUGGGUCUGAAAAUGGUUCCUCUUGGCGUGGCUGCCUUACGAAUGUUGUUCAUCCAAAGAUAACAUUACUGGAAGUUUUUCUUCAUACUAGAGACUUACGAACACAGAUUGAAGCUCUUGCGAGCAUAUGUGGUUUGUAUGAUGUUUCCCUAUCUUAUUGUGGCUCUCCUUGGGAAUGUUUGAUUACUGAAGCAACCGUGCGAUUUCAUGGGUUCUACAGAGGAAGCGACCUGCUUACUUACUUGUAUUCACAACUUAAGGUUGCUGAUCCUGCUCACAGUGCUAUGCUUAAAUUUUUGUUCCUAAAAGCUUGUGAGCCAUAUUGCGAGUUUAUAAGAUCUUGGAUAUUUAAAGCCGAACUUAACGAUCCUCAUAAGGAGUUCAUUAUGGAUUGCGCCAGUGAAUCGACAUCAUUUUCUUGGAAUAAGCCUGGCAUCUCCCCACUGAAGAAGGUCAGGGAGCAAGAAGUAGGGCUUCUUCCAUGUUUCUUGGAUGGCUUCUUGGUACCUAUACUAAGGGCCGGUCAACAGCUCCAAGUAAUUACAAAACUUCUUGAACUGUGUAAUCCUGCAUGUGGACACAGAACUUUCGCAGAUCUUCUUCCCUGUUGGACAUAUUAUUCCUCUACUAGUCUAGUGGACCCAUCUCCAAUAACUUUCAGUAAAUUGCAUAUAGAAGUGAUGAUACAGAAAAGAAAGGAUUACUACAGAAGAUUGCAAGAAAAACUUGGUGAUCCUUCAAAAAAGUUUGAACUGUUCCUUGGACAGGUUCCUGGAGCAAUAUCUUUGCCAAUAUCCUGUCGUGACGGAGAAAUAAUUGAGAGAAGUUCCGUUUAUUUCACACUUGAUGAGAGUUUACUAAUUCCUUCAACAGUGACAAUGGACUUGACCAGGGACCAGAAUGGUUCAGAUUCAGAUGACCAGAAAACAGAAAACAGAUGGUUUUCAGAGAUAGAUGUGUCAUGCUCAUCUGAAUGUUCAUCGACAAGGGACUCUUCAGAAGAAUCCGAUGUUGGACUCCUUGAUUCACAAAGUACGUUGAUGGGACCUUCACAAAAUUAUUUAUCAGCUCUACGUUUCUCUGUUGCCUCCGAUAGAAAUUGUAAUCAGAAUUUGGUUCAGCAUAGUGAAACGGGUUUUAUAGACAAUAAUUUGGUGAGGAAGGCUGAGAAGGCAGAUACUCAUCGUCAGUGGAUGGACACUGAGCCAGAAGAGUCAGCUGAAGAAUGUGAGGAUGAGAAAUCUGGUGGGCCUCUUUCUAUUAAGUCAUGGCCCCUUGGUGGACUACCUAGGAAUCCAUUUUGUGUUGAUAAGUACGCGGAAGAUAACAGAGAAUAUCCACGAAGUGAUUCAGGAGCUAAGAUGGAACAAAGACACUUAAUGAACACUGAUGAUAGCACACUAUUAUUAAAUAAUAUUCCCAUGGGCGGUAGUUAUUCGAAGCAGGAGAGAAACCAUGAUAUGCUGAAAAACAGUUCCUCAACAAAAUUGUGGAAAGACACAAAGGUAAGCUACCCUUACGAGGUGCUCAGCAUGAACCCUGUUCUGAGAUGUGAUUUCUUGGACAAGCAUGGAAACAUAAACAGGAGGGACCAGGGGAAAUUAUUGCCUUUGUUUGAUUUCUCUGUGGUGGAUAACCCUUCCAAAACAUGUGUUGCCAGGAUACCUGUAGGAUUCCCUGUUGAUUUUCACGUGGAAUCCCACAAUUCUCUGACUGCUAGAAAGAGUCUUUCCCAUGCCAACCAAGAAUGUGAGAUACAUAGGUUUGAUGAUGAAGACCCUAAAGUUUCUAGCAGUCAUUUAUCUUCGGGUUUGCAAGGUUGUGUUGAAGAAAAAAAAUCAAAUGCAGUUGGUGGAAGUAGAUGGGAGGGUAUGCUUCUCAAAUCAAAUAAACCCGAAACGAGUGCAUUUAGUGAUCGCAGAGAGAACACCUCUGGCUCAUUUGAACUGCCACUUGAUUUUGUUAUAGACAAGUGUCUACUGCAGGAAAUACUUCUUCAAUAUAACUUUGUCAGUAAGCUAGCUAUCAAGUUGCUCGAAGAAGGAUUUGGCUUGCAAGAACAUCUCCUAGCUCUACGCAGAUAUCACUUUAUGGAACUAGCAGACUGGGCUGAUGUAUUUGUUGUGUCCCUAUGGCAUCAUAAAGGGCUUGUUACGGAGGCAGAUAAGAAAAUAGCAGAAAUCCAAGGGUUUUUAGAAUCUUCACUUCAGAGAUCAUCAUGUGAACGAGACAUUUGUAAGGACAGGUUGUUUUUGUACAAAAGACAAGGCUCAAUGCAUCUUCCUCCAUCAACCAUUGGAGUGCGUUCUUUUGAUUUCCUAGGGUUGGGGUAUCGAGUUGACUGGCCAAUCAGUAUGAUUUUAACAUGUGAUGCGCUGAAAGCAUAUGCUGAUGUAUUUAGCUUUCUUGUUCAAUUGAAACUAGCAGCCUAUGUAUUAACUGACGUCUGGUGUUCACUGAAGGAUAUACGACAUACGAUGCAUGAAAAUAAAGAGGGGAUAGCGAAGCAAGAACUCCGGUGGUUAAAGAUGUUGAUGAAACUAAGGCAUCAGAUCAACCAUUUUGUAUCAACACUACAGCAAUAUGUACAUUCGGAAUUGUCUCACGUAUCAUGGGCCAAGUUACUUCAUUCCCUGAAGCAUAAGGUCAAGGAUAUAAUGGAUCUUGAGUCUGUGCAUAUGGCUUAUCUAAGUGAAGCUCUGCGCAUAUGUUUUCUAUCUGAUGAAACCCGAGUCAUAUCAAACACCAUAGAGAACAUCUUACAAUGCGCACUGGACUUCCGGUCUUGUCUUGCUGGAGGCAUUCAAAAUACAGCUCGAGUUCCAAAUGAUUCAUGGACGAAAACGCUAGGCAUAAACACAUCUCAGGUGAUAGUGGUGAAGCAGAAGUUUGAGAAAGAGUUGAAGAAUCUGCAUUUGUGUCACCUGAAAUCACCAGAACACGAGAGGUCUGGCCUCUCUCGCUUCAGGGAAUGCCUCAAUUUCAACCUCUUUUAUUCAGAUAUCAUUCAUGAUUCCAACAUCUUCACUCUUGUUCCUUAGAAACCAAUGCAUGAUACUUAACAUUCAAAUUAUUACUCAUCGGGAACAAUAAA